CGAAGGUGUAAGUGCAAAAAAAGUAAAAUUAUUAGAAAGAAAGAAGAAAAAAAGAAAUUUAGAAUAAAAUUAAAGCAAAUUGUUUGGAAUAAUGUUUAUGGUUUUUGGUGGGUGAAAUUCUACUAAAAAUUUACAUAUGAUAAUAAAACAAAAACAACAAUAAAUAAAAUUAAAUUGUUUAUAUAGUAAAAACCAUAAAUAACCGUUAGUUUUAGCUGAUACGUGUGCUGUACAUCAAUGAGUUGUGGGGCUCUUUUAAAAAGUCAUCAUUGGGAAUAGUGAGGGAGGAGGCCAAGGAAUGGGGUACAACAACUAAGCUGUGUGCUUUUUUAAUAAGAAGAAAGUUUGUACUAAAAAGAUACAAACAAAAGGAAACAAUGUAACGGAGAAUUUUUAUUUUUCAUUAAAAUUUUUAUAAAUUUAUGUUUUCUCAAUUUCUCUCCCUCCUUAGUUCUAUUCUAUUCUAGUUUUUACAUUAGAAAACUGACAAAUUCCCUUAGGAAACUUGAAACAUUUUGUUAACUCCUUCUUCUGCCUUACUCAUCACUCUUCCCCUUUAAGACUUUAUGAUAAUCUCCCCUCCACUCAUCUCUUAAUCUUCUGUUUUAUUUAAAGAUAAAUUGUGGCUGCUGAUAUGCUGAGUUUAAUUACAAUUAUGAAAAUACUACAACAAUAAUAACAAUAACAAUAACAACAACUACGAACGACGAAUAAACUGUAAUAUUAAUGAUCUUGUUAAUGAUAAUGAUAUUACACCAAAGGCAACAUUUAAAUAAUUGCAUUUUACAUAAACUUACAACAGCAACGUGAUAAAGUUGUAAUAGUUUUGAAAACAAAAACAAUAAAACACAAUUACAAAACAACAAAAAUAAAACUACAAAAGAAACCAAUAGCAACUAUAGCAAAAAAUACGAAAAACAAAAAAAUAAUAAAAUUAAACGCUGUAAUUACGUUUUUUUAUUAAAACUAGCAUUUUAUUCUGCAACUUUUAUAAUUUUUUUACAAGAAAGCUUUAAAAACUCAAGACUACAACUUAUUUUAAAAGCUAAAAACGAAAGCAAACUGAAGCAACAAUUUUAUUCUUAAUUUUUAUUAUUGUUUUUUUUUUUUAAUAAAACCAAUAAGAAAAACUAUCACAUCAUUAAUAUUACUCCUACAUUAUAUUACUUCAGCUGCAAUUGCUGCUGUGUCAUUAUCACAUUGUAAUUAUUGCUGAUUUUUAUUCGCAAUUACAAGCCAAGUAAUUUACACUUUACUUAACAAUUCAUGCUCUCAAUCAGUUAAACGAGCUGCACGUAUGUAUGUAAACAACAUAUGCUGUUACAACAAUAAUAAAUCCCCAAUACUUACAACUUGACAAAUCAACUGAGAGCUAGAGAGAGAGAGAUAAAGUGCGAUAGCAACCUAUAGUUAAUAAAUUAAUUGUAAAAACAACUACAACAAAAUGUCUUCGUUAAGUUUAACACGUAAAUUACGUGGUCGUAUGCGUUCAAAUACCUGCCGUAUAAUUUUACUCACAUCUUUAGUUUGGGUGAUUGUGGACUUUGUGCUAAUUGCCCAUUAUUCCGAUUGUAUUGGCAAAGAUGGCUGGCGUUGCAAGCGUAGCGGAGAAUAUGACAUAGAGCUGCCAGAGGCUCAAAAACAAAUCGAUCAAAAUAUGGUCGAUGAUAAUGAAAUUAAUACAGAGAAAAAUCUCGAUAACGAUGGUGGCGGCGGUGGUGGUGGCGGUAAUAUUUAUGUGGGUGAAAUAGGACAUGGUUUUGUGUCGGGUGGCAUAUCAGCAACAUAUCGUAGUACAAUACUGCGUAAGUGGUAUUCAGCGCCAACGGUAAAAGAACACAAAGGAAAACCGGGUGAAAUGGGUAAACCCGUUAAAAUACCACCAGAAAUGAAAGAGUUAACAAAAGAGAAAUUCAAAGAGAAUCAAUUUAAUUUGGUAGCUAGUGAUAUGAUCUCACUAAAUCGUUCACUCACCGAUGUGAGACAUGAAAACUGUAAAAAGAAACAUUAUCCCUCAAAACUGCCAACCACCUCAAUAGUUAUAGUAUUUCAUAAUGAAGCCUGGACUACGUUAUUGCGUACAGUAUGGAGUGUUAUAAAUCGUUCGCCGCGUUCCCUUUUAAAGGAAAUUAUCUUAGUCGAUGAUGCUAGUGAAAGAGAUUAUCUUGGUAAAAAAUUAGAAGACUAUGUUGCCACUCUACCCGUACAUACAUUCGUUUUACGUACUCAAAAACGUUCUGGUUUAAUACGUGCUCGUUUAUUAGGUGCUGAACAUGUGACGGGUGAAGUCAUAACAUUCCUCGAUGCCCAUUGUGAAUGUACAGAAGGUUGGCUGGAACCAUUAUUAGCACGUAUUGUACAAAAUCGUCGCACUGUAGUAUGUCCCAUUAUUGAUGUUAUAUCCGAUGAAACAUUUGAAUAUAUAACAGCAUCUGAUUCCACAUGGGGUGGUUUCAAUUGGAAAUUAAACUUUAGAUGGUAUCGUGUUCCUCAACGUGAAAUGGAGCGUCGCAAUAAUGAUCGUACGUCUCCAUUGCGUACACCCACCAUGGCUGGUGGUCUAUUUUCCAUAGAUAAAGACUAUUUUUAUGAAAUCGGUUCCUACGAUGAAGGCAUGGACAUCUGGGGCGGUGAAAAUUUAGAAAUGUCCUUUAGGAUUUGGCAAUGUGGCGGCAUUUUAGAAAUUAUACCAUGUUCCCAUGUGGGUCAUGUUUUCCGCGAUAAAUCCCCCUAUACGUUCCCCGGUGGUGUUGCCAAAAUUGUACUGCAUAAUGCAGCACGUGUGGCCGAAGUCUGGCUGGAUGAAUGGCGCGAUUUUUACUAUGCCAUGAGCACAGGUGCUCGUAAAGCUUCCGCUGGCGAUGUAAGUGAACGUAAAGCCUUGCGUGAUCGUCUUAAAUGUAAAUCUUUCCGCUGGUAUUUGGAAAAUAUUUAUCCGGAAAGUUUAAUGCCCUUGGACUAUUAUUAUUUGGGUGAAAUACGCAAUGCCGAAACGGAGACCUGUUUAGAUACGAUGGGCCGUAAAUAUGGUGAAAAGAUUGGUGUAAGCUAUUGUCACGGCUUGGGCGGUAAUCAAGUGUUUGCCUAUACCAAGCGACAACAAAUCAUGUCCGAUGAUUUGUGUUUAGAUGCCUCUGCUGCUCUGGGGCCGGUGAAUAUGGUGCGUUGUCAUAAUAUGGGUGGUAAUCAGGAAUGGGUAUAUGAUGCAGAGGAUAAAUCCAUACGACACACAAACACUGGCAAUUGUUUGCAAAGACCCUCGCGCGAAGAUCCCACAACACCUUUAUUACGUCCUUGUGACUUUAGUCAGGGUCAACAAUGGCUAAUGGAAUCGAAAUUUAAAUGGCAAGCUCAUUAGUUGUAAUUGUUAUUGGAGUUUUAUAAAACUUUAGUUAGUUUAUUAUUUUUUAGAAAUUGUUUAAAUUUUUUGAUAAAAAAGAAAACAACAACAUUUUGCCGUUUUGUAUAAAAUUUUAUUUUUGGUUUUAUUUUGAUUUUUUCAUUAGUU